UUUACGGGAGACUUGCCUUCAAUGAAUCAUUCAGAGGGAAGCAUACGGUUCUGAAAGGACUCCUUUUGUCAAGGAAAACAGCCCUGUGCUGGGAACGGAGUUACCCGCAAACAUUUUCUAUUUAUUUAUUUAUAUAUUUAUUUUUUUCCAUCAUGGGACGCAAUCUUCUGGUGGUAUCACUCCUCAACAUCCUGAUAUGCCAGGUUCUCUCUUCUGGCGUCUUUGAGCUCAAGUUACAAGAGUUUUUGAACAAGAAGGGGGUACAAGGCAAUAGGAACUGUUGUAAGCCAGGGAUGGCCUCGCUAUAUCAACAAUGCGAGUGCAAGACCUUUUUUCGAGUUUGCCUAAAGCACUAUCAACCCAACGCAUCCCCGGAGCCCCCAUGCACCUACGGGGGUGCUGUUACGCCCGUAGUUGGCUCGAACUCUUUCAAAGUUCCAGACACACUCCCGGACGGUUCCUUCACCAAUCCCAUCAGGAUGAAUUUCGGAUUUACGUGGCCGGGGACGUUUUCUCUGAUCAUUGAAGCCGUGCAUGCCGAUUCCAAAGAAGAUCUUGUCACAGAGAACCCAGAGCGCAUCAUUAGCACCAUGGCUACCCAGCGACACUUGACGGUGGGAGACGACUGGUCCCAGGACCUUCACUCCGCUGGCAGGACCGAGUUGAGGUACUCGUACCGCUUUGUCUGCGACGAGCACUACUACGGGGAGGGAUGCUCGGUGUUCUGUCGCCCCAGGGAUGACGCUUUUGGACACUUCACCUGUGGCGAGAGGGGCGAAAUCAUCUGUGACGCUGGAUGGAAGGGCCAAUACUGUACCGAACCAAUCUGCCUGCCAGGAUGUGACGAGGAGCAUGGGUUCUGUGAGAAGCCCGGAGAAUGCAAAUGCCGAGUUGGCUUCGAGGGCCGCUACUGUGAUGAGUGUAUCCGCUACCCCGGAUGCCUCCACGGGACUUGCCAGCAACCGUGGCAGUGCAACUGUCAGGAGGGCUGGGGAGGACUCUUCUGCAACCAAGAUCUGAACUACUGCACCCAUCACAAGCCCUGCAUGAAUGGGGCCACUUGCAGCAACACGGGCCAGGGGAGCUACACCUGCUCCUGUCGACCGGGCUACACGGGCGCCAGCUGUGAGAUCGAGGUGAACGAAUGCACUGGGAACCCCUGCAGGAAUGGUGGCAGCUGCACUGACAUGGAGAACACCUACAGCUGUGCCUGCCCGCCGGGUUACUAUGGCAAGAACUGCGAGCUGAGCGCCAUGACGUGCGCAGAUGGGCCCUGCUUCAAUGGCGGCCGCUGCGCCGACAACCCAGACGGCGGCUACUACUGCCAGUGCCCCACGGGCUACGCUGGCUUCAACUGCGAGAAGAAGAUCGACCACUGCACCUCCGCCCCCUGCUCCAAUGGUGCCCGAUGCGUGGACCUGGUCAACUCUUACCUGUGCCAGUGCCCCGAGGGCUUCACAGGCAUGAAUUGCGACCGCGCCAGCGACGAGUGCGCCGCCUACCCCUGCCAGAACGGCGGCACGUGCCAGGAGGGCCCCGAGGGCUACACGUGCGCCUGCCCGCCGGGCUACACGGGCCGCAACUGCACGGCGCCCAUCAGCCGCUGUCAGCACAACCCCUGCCACAACGGCGCCACCUGCCACGAGCGCAACAACCGCUACGUCUGCGCCUGCGUGCCGGGCUACGGGGGGCGCAACUGCCAGUUCCUGCUGCCCGACCACGCCGCCGCGCAGGCGGGCGGCGGAGCCAUCCCCUGGACCGGCGUGGCGUCGGGCAUCCUGCUGGUGGUGCUGCUGCUGGCCGGCUGCGCGCUGGUGGUCGGCUGCAUCCGCUCCAAGGUCCAGCAGCGGCGGGAGCGGGAGUGCGAGGCGGCGCCCGGCGAGAACGAACCCAUCAACAACUUGACCAACAACUGCCAGCGUGGAGGCGGCGACAAGGACCUGUCCAUGAUCAGCAGCAUGGUGGGGCUGGGGGGCAGCAGCAGCUGCGGCGUCGGUGUCGGCGGACUCGGACUCGGAGCGUCGGUCAAGAACACCAACAAGAAGGCGGACUACCACGCCGAGCUGUUGGACGACGUGGCGGCGGAGAAGAGCGCCUUCAAGAGCCGCGCGGCGCACUCUCAGCAGCAGGCCGACUACAACCUGGUGCACGAGGUGAAGUACGACGCCAAGCAGCAGCACGAGGCCAAGAUGGAGUACGCGGGGGCCAAGAUGGAGUGCGGCGGCAGGGCGCCUUCCGCCAUGUCCAUGUCGGCCGCCUCCGUGUCGUGCUCGGCGGCGGCCAUGAGCUGCGAGGACGUGUGCCAGUCGAGUAGCAUGCUCGACUACUGCGGCGACUCGGGCAGCGAGUACGAGGAGAAGCGGAGCAAACGUUUGCAAAGCGAUGCAUCAGAAUGUGCGUCGGAACGGCAAAAAUACCCAGCGUUGGCGCCGGAGUGUUACGACAAUAAAUACAAAUCUGUAUUAGUGUUGUCCGAAGGGAAAGAUGAAUGUGUAAUUGCAACUGAGGUGUAACAGCCUGCAGAUGUAACUCGGCUGAUUUUGUAAGCCUGUGUGAGGAAUGUGACUUAUUCCUGUCAGAACGUGCUGCUCGUACCGUUGAGGUGGAGGUGUGUCCCGCCCGGCGGCUGCUGCUGUUGCUCCAUUAGAGACGUUUAUGAACUGAUAUUCAGAGUGAGCUGGUUCUCUUGCUGAAAGAAGAUGGGACUGAGGCAGUCAGUCGGUCGCCAGGCCUGGGUCGGGACCGUCUGAAGCCUGUUUGGGGGCCAAAGUAAUGUACUCUAUAAGAUGAUGAAUUUUUACCUGUAAAAGUUGUUUUUUAAAAAAGGUAUUUUUGGGCAAUAUGUUGCUCGUCGACCAACCAUGUUUGUGUGUUUGUUGUUUUUUUUUUUUUUAAAGAAAGAAUGGAAGAUAAGGAUCUAUCGACAAUUGAGAUGCUGUUAUUAUAAGUAAAGAAAGAAAUACGAGGAUGUAACUAAAAGAAAAGAGCAUAGAAAUGUAUUUCAGUAUUUUUUUUUGCCAUUUUUUACCGUGUCUUAAUUCUCGGAAAAACACUGUGGCAAUGUUUUUUAAGCAAUAAUAAUAUUGGCAACAUUUGCUGUGCGGCCAAUCUCCGAGCCCGGCACCCCAGGCAGCUAAAAACUGAGGGUAGGGACUGCAUCUAAAGGUGGAUGUUCGGCCAUACUGGCCUAUCUUCGCUUCGCACGCUGUGUGUCACUUGGUCACCACCAAUCCUUGUCACAUUGGCACCGUGGAGACAGUUAUGUAUACUUGAUCACUGUGGUAACGAAGAGAAAAAAAAUUAUGAUGAACAAAAAACGAAAUAAGUGCAUCUCUCUUUUAAGUCCUCCGAGCUUCUUUUGUAUUUUUGGUUUGUUUUUUUUAUUUUUUUAUUUAAAUUAUUAUCAUUAUUUUUCCAUUCUUUUUUGUAAUGUUCUGUAUGGUAUUAAAUAUGUAAUUAUUAUAAAGAGUGAAAUUGUACUUUGAAAGAUGUCCUUGCGUGUCAUCGACUUUUUUGUUUUUUAUUUGGUAAUUUGCUUUUUAUAUUACAAAGUUGGAAUGAUUUAAGUUAAUUUAUUUUUUAUUUAAUUGCUAUUCUGUAUUUUACAUAUUUGUUAUGGUUUAAAUAAUUAUUUAAUUUGAAUUUUUAAGUUGUUGCUGUUAUUUGCAAAGGCACUUCGGGUCACUGGGACGUGUUGAGAAAUGUUAUUUAAGAAGGAUUGUAAAAAAAUGUUUUUAUUGUCACUUUUUUGUUAACUUUUUAAUGAAGGAUUUUAGCUUAAAUUAUUUUUUCAAAUAAAGAU